AUGUCACAAGGUCCAAAAGCUGCUGAAAGACUAGCUAAUAAAACAAUCUUGAUCACCGGUGCUUCAGCUGGUAUUGGUCAGGCUACUGCUUUAGAGUACUGUGCAGCUUCUAACGGUAAAGUUAAAUUGGUUUUGCUUGCUAGAAGGUUAGAAAAACUACAAGAAUUAAAAAAUACAAUUAUUAAAGAUUAUCCUGAAACUAAAGUCCACAUUGAAAGAUUAGAUGUCACUGAAACUGAAAAAAUUAGACCAUUCUUGGAAAAUUUACCAGAAGACUUCAAGGAUAUUGAUAUUUUGAUUAAUAACGCCGGUAAAGCUUUGGGUUCUGAUAAAGUUGGUAACAUUAAUAUCGAAGAUAUUGAGGGUAUGAUUCAAACAGAUGUUGUUGCUUUAAUCAAUUUUACGCAAGCUAUAUUGCCAUUGUUUAAAAAAAAGAAUAGCGGAGAUAUUGUUAAUUUGGGCAGUGUUGCAGGUAGAGAAGCUUAUCCAACCGGUUCUAUCUAUUGUGGUUGUAAACAUUUUGUUAGAGCCUUUACGCAGUCUUUGAGAAAGGAAUUGGUUGAUACUAAAAUACGUGUUUUAGAAGUUGCCCCCGGUAACGUAGAAACUGAAUUUUCCUUGGUUCGUUAUAAAGGUGAUGCCGAUCGUGCAAAGAAGGUUUAUGAAGGUACCGUUCCAUUGUUUGCCGAUGAUAUUGCAGAUUUAAUCGUUUAUACUACCUCUAGAAAGCAAAACACCGUCAUUGCUGAAACUUUAGUCUUUGCCUCUAAUCAAGCAUCCCCAUACCAUAUUUACCGUGGUUAA